CAGGCGGAAAGUCGCCUGCAGUGCAGACGCUACUGACCCGCGCUAGGGAGAAUCUCUGCACAGAGCUGGCGGGCCGGCGGGCGGCGUGGAGGAGGUGGCAGCUGCAAGGGUGGCUUCUGUAAUAGCCCGGCGCCACGAUGUUUGACAGCUCGCAGUAUCCUUACAAUUGCUUCAAUUACGACACCGACGACUACCCUUCUGGCAGCUCCGACGAGGAAAAGCGGCUCACGCGGCCCGCGUACAGCUACAUCGCGCUCAUCGCCAUGGCCAUCCAGCAGAGCCCCGCGGGCAGGGUCACCCUGUCGGGCAUCUACGACUUCAUCAUGCGCAAGUUCCCCUAUUACCGCGCGAACCAGCGCGCCUGGCAGAACUCCAUCCGCCACAACCUGUCCCUCAACAGCUGCUUCGUCAAGGUGCCGCGGGCCGAGGGCCACGGGAAGGGCAACUACUGGACGUUCGCGGGCGGCUGCGAGUCGCUGCUGGACCUCUUCGAGAACGGCAACUACAGGCGGCGGCGCCGGCGGCGCGGUACCAAGCGCGAAGGACCCAGGGGGCAGAGCGCGGGGGACGCGGAAGGGCCUCCAGGUCCGCUCGAGCCGGGUGAGCUGGAGUCCCCCAUCCCAGAACACACAGGCGUGGGCGCCCCCAGCCGCCAGCCCCCGACGCCGACGCCUACCAGCCCCACCGUCCGGGGGAAGGAGACCCACAGGGACAUCAAGUUCAGCAUCGACUACAUCCUCUCGGCGCCCGACCCAUUCCCUGGGUUCAAGUCGCCCUGUCACCUGCAGGAGGGUAGAUGUCCCCGACGGGAGGCCCAGCAAAUGAACCUCCACGUUUGGACAAUGUGAGACGGGGCUGGGGGCGCUAAGGCUGUCGGCCUGCCCAGGUGCCCACUGCAGAGUCAGUCCGGGUCUUCCAGCUAGAUCCUGCCCUGGAAGGACAAUUUCCGCCCACCUGGAGCUGGGAGGUCAGUGUUACAUCCUGUAAACUUCUUCCAGAGACUGGCACUCAGUGCUGACGCCAGCCCUGGGAUGGAGCAGAAGGCAGAAUGGAGUUUGUGGAAGAUAUUUAUUGUGAUGGGACUUUGUUCAUUCAGGAAAAAAAAAGUCCUUUGCAGGGGAAACAGAUUGGAUUCCAGUUUUCCUUAAGGGUUUGUUGUAGAUUCACCCAGUUUUCCUGCUCCAAGGAAUAAAAAUAUAGAGUCAUGUUUUUUAGAGGCAAGAUAAUAUUUCAUUCCUGGGUCAUUUAAGAAUUUGUUCAGGGACCAGCAGUUAGCAUAAUAGCUACAUUGCUGAACUCCCAUGUAGUC